ACAUUACUCAGCAUCUUGUAAAUAUUGUCCAAAAACUUGGAAUCGUGGAACACCUUUUAAACUCAAAGCUCAUUUAGCAAAUGAAUGCCCUAGUUGUCAUUAUUCUAUUUCUCAUUUUUAUUUAGAUGGAAUUAAUCAACAAAGCAGUAAAGUAGUCAAAAAACAAAAUGCUCAAACCCCUUUGUCAAACUUUUAUGAAAGCACUGUUCUAACUGAUCAAAGAAAAUAUUCAAUUAAUAAAUCAUUAUUAUUGGCUUUCAUCUGUUGUGGUAUACCAUGGAAUGUAGUUGAAAAUCCAUUUUUUAUAGAACUUUUAAAACAAUUAAGACCUGCAUAUGAACUUCCUUCUCAUCAGAAAAAUUACUUAUAG